AUGUCUCCUCCCGCUGCCAUGUUUGAGUCUGCUACUGUUGCCCCUACCGGCAUCAAGGGCAAGGUCAUCGUCCCCGAGUCGGUGACUACUACCCUAACCGGCCAGGGCCAGUCAAACCUCCUUGAACAGUUCGGCAACAAAUGGGAUGAGUUCAAGUUCGCCCCUAUCCGCGAGAGCCAAGUCUCGCGCGCCAUGACCCGACGCUACUUCCAGGAUCUGGACAACUACGCCGAGAGCGACGUUGUCAUCGUCGGCGCUGGUUCCUGUGGUCUGAGCACUGCCUACGUGCUCGCAAAGGCCCGUCCAGACCUGAAGAUUGCCAUCGUGGAGGCCUCUGUGUCGCCCGGUGGCGGUGCCUGGCUAGGUGGUCAGCUAUUCAGCGCCAUGGUCCUCCGGCGCCCCGCAGACGCCUUCCUGACCGAGCUCGGCGUGCCCUUCGAAGAAGAGCCCACGAACCCCAACUUCGUGGUCGUCAAGCACGCCUCGCUGUUCACGUCGACUCUCCUGUCAAAGGUUCUCACCUUCCCGAACGUCAAGCUCUUCAACGCAACCUGCGUCGAAGACCUGAUCACCCGUCCAGAUGGCAACGAUGUCCGUCUCGCCGGUGUCGUCGUCAACUGGACCCUUGUCACCCUCCACCACGACGACCACUCCUGCAUGGACCCCAACACCAUCAACGCCCCAGUGAUCGUCAGCACUACUGGCCACGACGGGCCAUUCGGCGCUUUCUGCGCUAAGCGUCUCGUCUCCAUGAACGCUAUUGAGAAGCUGGGCGGCAUGCGUGGCCUUGACAUGAAUGCGGCUGAGGACGCUAUUGUUAAGAACACCCGUGAGGUCGCUAAGGGUCUUAUCAUUGGUGGUAUGGAGCUGUCGGAGAUCGAUGGCUUCAACCGUAUGGGCCCUACUUUUGGCGCUAUGGUCAUGAGUGGUGUUAAGGCUGCUGAGGAGACUCUGCGUGUCUUUGAGACCCGUAAGCGCGAGUGUGCUGAGUAA